CCGCGAGUUGAAUCUGUCAGCUCGCCUUACAUCUGGUAGAUGCUACCUUUCUCCCUGAGUCACUAUAUCAUUUGAAUCCUACUAUGAGCGCGCCGCCUUCAAGCGCUCCUCCUAUUCCUCCGACAACUUUUCAAACUCCCAAUGGAACGAAUAGUGCAUCACCCAAGGAACUUCGGGAUUUUCUCAAAUCUUUAAAUGACGACAAUCCACCAUUAGCACUGGAUAAACCACUUUGGCUCCGCCUGCUAGCUAGCCUACUGGAGCAAGUCUUUGGUUGUUUUCCGUAUUUCAAGCCAACAAUCCUAGGUACCACCAACGAGCGCAUUGAGCUUACGGACGUCACGCUCGAUGUCUUUUCACGUGUCAGCAAAAGGGUUGAUUCGCUUGACUCGCUUUAUGCUGAUGAGGAACAUUUAUCCAAAAAAGUAUUCGUGCACCUUUUGGGCCUUUGCACUUCGACAGAAUCAUGGUUGGAAGUCACCGAUGAGGGCGAUUCAGGCAGCACAUCCAACACACUAUAUUCUAAGGCUUGCGGAACUCUCAUCGAGUUCUUACAACUUCUGUCGUUUUCGGGCGUUCCAGGAGGUGAUUCUAGUGAUGUACAAAGGGGAGUUCUGCAGGACAUUUUGUAUGAAGCGACAGACUUGUGCACUGCAAUGAUCUCUGCUGGACACGAAUCGUGUCCUCUUGACGUGCACUGGUUCUCUACCCCACCAUCUUUAAAGACCACGACUGAGGACUGUUCCAUUCCGUGCCCCAUGGACACUCUAAACGUGAUCAGGCUCCCGUCCCCUUCACACUUCUCCGUCUUGACCAGCAUCAUUGUCGAAUUAUUCGGCCAACUGUUUUCAACCGCAAAGCUUUCUUGCUUCAUCACUGCUGCUAUGCUCCGUCACGUCUCUGAAUUGACUCGCCGUGUAUACGAUUUCUGCUCUGAGCGCCCUACCUCGCCUGCAACAAAAUCCCGAUGCCUCCUUCGAGUGACAGCUGCUGCUCACACCCUUAUGAAUAGUGACCCAUCUCUCAUUGGGGGACUAUCAAGACUGCCUUGCCGUCUUUUAAUUCAACGACUCCAGUGUGGCCCGAAUCCUGCGCAACGAACAGACGACCGCAAGUUACGAGAGAUUCUUACUUCCAACACAAAUCUGUCAGUCGAUUAUGUGCACACUACUCUGGAACUCUUGCGCUCUGAAACAUGGGAGUCAUCUGGGAGUGAGCUUCGGGCUCUUGCGGUCGUGUAUCUACGUGGUUGUUCGAGCCGCUUAGACGCAGCGAGUUCGCAGGCAGUGCAAUCAUUCCUUCAAGGAAAUCCCUCCUACCCCGAUUUGGAACCGCUGCUUAUCACUGCUGACAAUCCCGUUUAUAGUCUAAUGGACCAGGAUGCAGACGCCAUAGACUCUUCGCAUUGGCGUGCGACAUUGCAGAAACUCGUUAGCGCGCUCAUUGUGCCUGAUGAACUGCAGUGGAAGGGUAUCGGGCGCGAAGAUACUGCAUCCUACAUGCAACGAAUAUUGAGUGGGAUCAAGUCUAGGUGGGCUCGGGAUCUGCAGGAUUCUUCGUCUUCUGCACGUGUAACACUGGCUGAAAACGUUGCCUCCCUUGCCUCACACCUCAAGCCGUUCUCUCGGCAAAAGUCACCUCCGUUCCGUGUCGCCACCGUUCUUCUAUUACCUCUGAACAGGGUUGUUGAAGGCCCAUCAACUGAAGUCGACGUACAUGUACGGCGACAAGCGUUUAGUUCUUUCCGAACCGUCAUCAGAGAACAUCCAGCGGAUAUUCAGUCUGAUGAGCCGCCACCUAUAUUCGAUUUCUUGCAACGCGGGUUCACUGACAGGGACCGUUCUGUCAGAGUCGAUGCUGGUCGCGCACUUGCGGAUUUGGUCCACCUCCACGCCCGCGCAACUGACGGGGGAUGCAAAUCCAAUGAAACAAUUUUCAUGAAGAUCAACGCCUUACUUGAUUCAAGCGUGAAGGAUGCGGUAAAAGAAACACUGCUGAUAACUAUCGGUGCUAUUGGACGCGACGCUCAGUUUGAGCUUCUUGGAUCAGUUGUCUACUGUUUGAUAUCCCAACUGGGUCAAGAUAAUCAUGUGUUGAAAGGCUUGGCAUACACACAGCUUUUGGAAAUAGCGAAAACACAAAGGAAGUCCCCUUACAGUCUUGUCUCACCAUACAUCUCUCAGGUCGCAACAUUCGUUGUUGCCCGUAAAUGUACUAACCCGGUGCUGAUAUUCGAGACGUGUCGAUUUCUAUCUGUGCAUCCGACCGAUUUUGUCUCUGUCACGCUAUCAAAAACUCUUCCGUAUCUCUUUGCUAACUGCGAGACGAAGGUCUUAGAGGAGAUUUCGGGGGAUCUAGGUCAAACGAUUUCGUCGCUGCUCACAGAUCAUUCUCACCAGAUCCUCGCUCAUGUAUAUCAACAACAUGGGCCAGCACAAACGACCAGGUCUUUGACGUUCAUCGCGAACAUCUUGUUUGCGGCUGGUGGGCGUACCGAUAUCAACAUCCAUACCCUGGCCAUGAGCUGUGUGGUGGCAUUGCUCGCAGAUCUGGUUGUGGUCCUAGGACACGAGAAUGAAGAACGAGCUUCUUUGGCAGUGGAUGCAUUGCGAAAAGUCCAGCGGACAAUAGCGGGCGAAACUGACCUCGAGCUGUCUCCGUUCCUCAAGACGUACAUGCUUGGCAUCGUAUCCACCUUGAAUGAUAUGCUGCAAGAUGUUCACGGCAAGAAAUCAUUUCCAGCAAAGAAGCAGAUUCUACGCGGUCUAGAGGUGCUGAUCGUCCAAAUCGGUCCUCCUGUAAAUGGAGUUUCCCCUCAGAUUAUGGCCACCCUGCAAACUAUGUUUCUGGUCCCCGAACUUGCUGAAGUCACCCUGACUACGUGGUACACAUUUCUGUCCACGUUGAAUGUCGAGGACGUUAUUCCGCAUAUUGGCACUACAAGCGCAGCCAUUGUUUCCGCAUGGUCUGCUUUGUCUCCUCCCAUACAGGAAUCCGCCAAGAAAUGUUUACGUUAUAUCGUCUUUGAUGUUGGAAGCACCGUCCGAAAUGACGCAAAGGAAAAUCUAGACGAGGUCGUGGACCUCGGCCAUAUCCCAGAUCUUUCUGAAAUACAUAUCCAACUUCAGAGUGCUCGCGUCUGGGAUCCACGCGUGCAACUCCAGAAGAUUUUGGAUCGGUGCUCCAGUAACAACAUCACUGUAGCUCAGGUGGCUCUCGCUGAACUCCAAAACUUCAUGAAGAACAAUCAAGCCUCGCUUAUACAGAACCUCGCAGCGGGCGACGCGUUUGAUCCUUUGAUUGGAAGUAUACAGUUGACCUUAUUUCAGAUUGUCACCCGUGAUGGAGAGGGCUCCGAAACUCUGCGACGAUUGGCGUUUGAGUGCAUGGGAAUUCUGGGGGCGGUUGAUCCGGAUCGCUGCGACCUUAAUUCGAAAGAAACAAGAAUGAUCGUGCGGAAUAACUUCGAAGAUCAACAAGAAGCUGGCUCGUUUGCUCUGCACCUCAUUCAGGACGUUCUCGUGGGCGCUUUCCGGUCCACUAGCGACAUAAAGUAUCAAGGACAUCUCGCCUACACGAUACAAGAACUCAUGGCAUUCUGCGAGUUCAGUCCUGCCCUGGUGUCAUCAGAAAGCUCUACAUCCGUACGGGCGUGGGUCCGCAACAGGUGGAACGGGUUCCCUAAACAUGUACUUGAAACCAUUACUCCACUCUUGGGAGCCCGUUUCAAAGCCGUCCAUAAGGAUCUGCCCCAUCUCCCUUCACCCAUUUACCCUCAUCAGAAGACCUACCGAGAGUGGGUUCAGUUAUGGACGGCUCAUCUAAUAACCAAAGCGUCUGGCGAAAUUGCGCAAAAAAUCUUUGGGGCCUUUCGUUCUGCAGUGCGCAACAAGGAUGUUGGCGUCGCUCACCACAUACUGCCUCAUCUCGUGUUGAACAUCCUUGCGUCUGAGAAUGACGAAGAUACCAGCUGCAUUAUCCAGGAAUUAACGGCUGUUUUGAAAGAUCAGGUUGCUUCUGAUAGUCUAUCCACUCCAGACAAGAAGUUCCUCAGUGCACAGGCUGUUUUCAUGUUGUUGGACCAUCUCAGUGCAUAUGUGCGAGUCAUGCGACAGGACACUCCGAAGAAAGCUGAGGGCAAAAGAUCACGAGGAAAUUCUGAAUUUGCAAUACGUCAGCAGCAGCUUAUCCGGGUCGAUUCAGUGCUCUCUAGCAUCGACCAUGAACUCAUGGCUAAAGCUGCGCUACAAUGUCGAUCUCACGCUCGCUCACUUAUGAACUUUGAGAGGCAGAUAGUCUCAAUGAGAGAGCGACAACCUCCUCCUCCUGGAACAGAUUUCAUACCCUAUUACGAACGUCUUCACGAAAUCUACGCACAGCUUGACGAGCCUGAUGGAAUGGAGGGUAUCUCAACGUUGAUAUUGUCACCUUCACUGGAACAUCAAAUUCGUCAACACGAAAGUACUGGUCGCUGGACUGCUGCUCAGAGUUGUUGGGAAGUCCGUCUCCAGCAACAGCCUGACAAUUUAGACUUCCAUCUUGGACUCCUUCGAUGUUUGCGCAACCUCGGACAUUAUGACACGCUCCGUACACAUGUCCAGGGUGUUCUCGUUAGAAACCCAGGGUGGCAGUCGGUUUUGGCAGAUUUUCAGGUUGAAAGCGCGUGGAUGAUAGGGGCAUGGGACGACGUUCACAGAAUCACAACGAAUAAAGAGCAUGAAGGGCCUUCCGUGGUGAAAGCUCGAGUUCUUCUUGCUAUGCGGUCUGGUGAACCUUCACCGAUCGAAGAAAGUCUUAUGAGAGCACGCCUUGUCCUUGGUGCUCCAAUUGCUGCUUCUGGACCAGGGGGGUAUCGUCGUGCUUAUGACGCUCUAGUCGACCUGCACAUGAUUCACGAACUCGAGCUGAUCCAUGAAGCUGUCUCCAAUUUGCCGCCAAGUUCACAAGGCCGCAAAUCUGCCAUUGUGACUCUGAGUCAAAUUCUUAGUGCACGUUUGGAUCGUACAUUGCCUACCUUCCGCAUACACGAAUCCCUCCUUAGCAUGCGGCGAACAGCAUUUUCACUCAGCACAGUAUCUCGACCAUCAAUCACAAGUCAAAUUGGGCAAUCAUGGUUGGCGAGUGCAAAAAUUGCUCGGAAAGCCGGACAGUGGCAGACUGCAUAUAGUGCAAUGCUCCAAGCACAGUACACCAACGCUCGGUUCAGUUUCAUGGAAAGCGGGAAGCUGGUCAGAGUACGGGGAGAGCCAUUGCGCGCGCUACAAGAACUUGAAAACUCCAUGCGCAUCUUAGGUUUCGUGGAUAACGAUACUAUUGACUUGACAAAAGAAGAUGAACAGUCUAAGCGGAUGAAGGCGAAGGCGCAAAUUCUUCUUGCACGUUGGAUGAACGAAUCUGAUCGAUAUGAGGCUUCCUACGUGCUCAAACAGUUUCAAAACGCCGCAGACUCCGCCCCAGGAUGGGAGAGUGCAUUUUACCACCUUGGCCACUUCCAGGACCAGUGUUAUAGAAAUCUACCAGUGGAAGACAAGUCAAGCCGUGGAAUCAAGAUGAACUUUCAAACCAUCAAGUGUUUCACAGAAGCCGCAGCUUAUGGAAACAAAUUUGUAUACCAGACUAUUCCUCGCUUGCUCACCUUGUGGUUAGACAUGGGUGAGCGCAAGGGACCAGCAGAGCAUCCGCUGUUUGAUAAGAUCAACAGCGUUGUCGCCAGUUCCAUCGAUACUAUCCCAGUAUACAAGUGGUUCACUGCAUUCCCUCAAAUCGUGUCUCGAAUCGGACAUCCCAAUCGUGUUGUGUACUUGGUCUUAUCGAAACUUAUUUCAUCGGUCAUCCGAGAAUACCCCAAUCAAGCGCUUUGGUUCUUCGCAUCAGUCGUUAACUCGACGAAACCUAAUCGCCAGCAGCGUGGAAGAACAAUCUUGGAUCAGCUGAAAAACAAUCCAGCGAACACAGAUGCUAAUUUUCCGAACCUCAUCUCAAGUCUUCACGCCAUGAUUGACGAACUCCUUCGACUUUGUAAUUACCCUAUCGGUGACCGCAAGAUACUCAGCAUGAGCAGAGAUUUUCCAAAGCUACUUAGGAUGAAAGAUAGUGACAUCCUCAUUCCUUUGCAGUCGUCAUUGACGGUCAACCUCCCGCCUGUUUCGUCUAUGAGUCACCGUGAUAAACGACACAAUCUUUUCGACCCAUUGUCGCCCACAUUUUCAGUCUUCCACGACGAAAUCGAAAUCAUGCACUCCUUGGCUAAGCCACGAAAAUUUACCGUUAAUGGUUCCGAUGGUAUUAAAUAUAUGUUCCUUGGCAAACCGAAGGACGAUCUGCGGAAGGAUGCGCGCCUCAUGGAUUUCAAUGGGAUCAUCAACAAACUCUUGAAGACUAAUUCGGAGUCUAGGAGAAGGCAGCUUCACAUUCGGACGUACGGCGUGGUGGCGCUGAAUGAGGAAUGUGGUGUUAUUCAAUGGGUGCCGAACACUAUACCUGUGAGACCCGUACUGUUGAAAUACUACGAGACAAGGAAUAUUCCAGCCUGGUCCAAGGAGCUGAAUGAUGUCACAAGGCGCAUCAAAGAAGGUACCGAUAAAGAUGCUGCUGAACUUUUUGUGACCAAAAUUCUUCCUGAGUUUCCUCCCGUCUUUCAUGAAUGGUUCGUGGAGACAUUCCCGGAACCGUCAGUAUGGCUAGCUAGUCGCCUGAAUUAUGGGCGUACCAUGGCAGUGAUGUCAAUGGUCGGAUUCAUCUUAGGGUUGGGAGAUAGGCACUGCGAAAACAUUCUUCUGGACACCAACACUGGUGAUGUAGUCCACGUUGACUUCAGUUGUCUCUUCGAGAAGGGCAAAACGCUUGACACACCCGAACGAGUUCCUUUCAGACUCACUCAGAACCUUGUCGACGGCCUUGGAGUGACUGGCGUAGAGGGAGUGUUCCGUGUCGCCUGCGAAAUUACAAUGCAACUCCUCCGCGAUAACAAGGACCCCCUCAUGAGUGUCCUCGAUGCAUUUAUUCACGAUCCGCUGGUCGAAUGGGAAGAUGAGACGAGGAAGAAGCAACGUGAGCGCCGCAAUGCCAAAGACAAGGACAAAGACAAAAUGAAUUCUGCCGCUAUCAAGGCUAACGAUUUGAGACUAUGGGCCAAGUCUGCGCUGCGACCGAUAGAACGGAAAUUAAAAGGAUUAUAUUCUCCAACUAAUGUGAAGGAGCGGACUUAUGGAGGAAUCACAAGGGGAGGAGAAGACGAACGGGAAAUCUCGACCAGCAAUCUCGUCCAGAUGCUUAUACAAGAGGCAAUCGACCCCGCAAAUCUGGGCAAGAUGUAUCCUGGAUGGGCAGCAUGGCACUAGAGAUUAUAACUUGCUCCCAAUGAUCCGUAACUUAGUGUUGAAUGGCAUGGCCUGUGUUGUAUUUAGCCGAGUAGCCUAACUCUUCGCGCUGACUCAGG